AGUGGGGAGUGGAAGCGGAGCUGGCGCCUUGGAGAAGAGAGGACGCGGCUGCUGCUGCUGCUGCUCUGCGAAGAGACUUGCGUGCCUGUGUCUCGGGUGGGCAACCCACUCGCAAGGAGAGAACCCUCUGCCUCUCUGUUUUCACCUCCCCAUGCCCUGAGUUUGCCACACUUGCCUUUGCCUCUGCUGCAGACCAGCUGGGGACUGGGUGGCACAGUCUUUAGACCCAGAAAGCACCAUGCCCUUGGAAGACGAUGGGCCCAGUUGGAAGAAGAGGGCAGAAGACAUCCGGGAGAUCUAUGAAUUCCGGGAGGUGCUGGGCACGGGUGCUUUCUCAGAGGUGGUACUGGCCGAAGAGAAGUCCACGCAGAAGCUGGUGGCCAUCAAGUGCAUUGCAAAGAAGGUCCUCGAAGGGAAGGAAACCAACAUUGAGAACGAGAUUGCAGUGCUACACAAGAUCAAGCACCCCAACAUUGUGGCUCUGGAUGACAUCUAUGAGAGCGGGGGACACCUCUACCUCAUCAUGCAGCUGGUUUCAGGUGGGGAACUCUUUGACCGGAUAGUGGAGAAAGGCUUUUACACUGAGCGAGAUGCCAGCAAGCUCAUCCGACAGAUCCUUGACGCUGUAAAAUAUCUCCAUGACAUGGGUGUCGUCCAUCGCGAUCUCAAGCCCGAGAACCUGCUCUAUUACAGCCUGGAUGAAGACUCCAAGAUCAUGAUCAGCGAUUUUGGGCUAUCCAAGAUAGAAGGCUCAGGCAGCGUCAUGUCCACGGCAUGUGGGACUCCUGGCUAUGUAGCUCCAGAAGUGUUGGCCCAGAAGCCUUACAGCAAAGCAGUGGAUUGCUGGUCUAUUGGCGUGAUAGCUUACAUCUUAUUGUGCGGCUAUCCUCCGUUUUAUGAUGAGAAUGACACAAAGCUUUUUGAGCAGAUCCUGAAGGCCGAGUAUGAAUUCGACUCUCCUUACUGGGAUGACAUAUCCGAUUCAGCCAAAGAUUUUAUCCGGCAUUUAAUGGAGAGGGAUCCCAAGAAGCGGUUCACUUGUGAGCAGGCACUAGAUCACCCAUGGAUUGCCGGAGACACUGCCUUGGACAAGAACAUCCACCAGUCGGUCAGUGAGCAGAUCAAAAAGAAUUUUGCCAAGAGCAAGUGGAAGCAAGCCUUCAAUGCAACUGCGGUGGUCCGGCAUAUGAGGAGACUACAGCUGGGAACCAGCCAAGAGGGGCCUGGACAAGCCAUGCAGGAGAGCAAUGGCUCGGCAUCCAGUAGCAGCGAGGAAUCCUUGGGAAACGGUUCUCAUCCUCAGACUUAGGACUGAAUGUUCCCCAGUGAACAGAGGAAGACCUGGCAGUGCCAGCACCAACUCGCACACUGGGUGGGCAGCUCCCAGCCCAGGCUUCCCAUGUUGCCACAAGUAGAGCCAGGGAAGCGGCUGGGACUGCCGACACAUCCCUCCCAGUGAAGUGCGGCUGAGUCCUACUGCAGGGGAAAGGAAAGCUUCCCUUGACCAACCACAUUCUCCUAAAUCAUUGGAGGCAAGGGCAUGAUCCUUCAUCAGCGACACAGCUCCCUGGAGAUGUUCCUCCUGUUUCUCACCACCAAAUGGUUUCCUGCCAGUCACAGCUCUCUUUCUUGUUGGCUGUGUUCCACCCUAUCCUUAGCCUUUAGUCUGAGUCAACAAUCGCAGCACCUUCUUUGCCCCUUCAUGCAUAUAGACAGGUCUUAAGGACCGUCCAGACUACAUUCCUGCAGCAAACAGGAGGGUGGCCAAACAACAUUCCCUGUAAAUGCGGAAGCAAUCACUACAAAUGGCAAAAAAUGAUUUUCAGGUGUAGGAAUAUCCUGAUUCUGACCCCAAAACUCGUAUCGUCAAAUGUACGAGGGUUGAAUGAAAAGUAAUGCCUCCACAUUCAUAACGCCUCAACA